AUGGUGUUGUAUAAACGAAAACAAGUACCAUUUGUUCCUCCUCCCCCCACACCCACUGACCCAUCUACUCAAGUAUGGGUCAUCCCGAACACUAGGGAAUGGUUUCUCACGUAUGAGGAUUUUCUUGAACGUAUGGAUUUUUACAACAAGAGGAAAUUUGUUUGUGAAAUCACUGGUAAUUCAUGCCUCACGUAUUUUGAAGCAUUACAAAGUGAAGCCAAUGAGCGUAAAGAGGUUGAUCGCAAUUUUCCUGAAAAUUUACGUGAACAUAUUCUACGAUACUUGCAAUUUAACCAAAUAUCUCGAUUAGAUCAAUUGAUUGACAAGGUGUAUCUGACUUUCAAAAGCGAUUACUUUCCCGGUGAAGUCGUUUAUUUAAAAGGGUUGGAUCCUAAUAAUCAAGCUCUUAAAUCACGCGGAGUUAUACGAGAAAAAGUUCAAUAUGCUGAAGAGCCUACAAAAUAUCUUGUUAUACGAUCACAUGAUAAACAUCAAGCUAUAGUCACUGGGGAAAAUAUUGUUCGUGAUAGAAAUCAUUUCACUAAAUGGUUAAUCAAGACAUUUAUCAAGUUGACAAUGUCAAGAUCACACAAGGUUGGAGCUCCUUGGGUGGUAAAAGCAGCUUAUGCAAAACAAUAUGGUAUACCAACAACCUACCCAGAACAUCUUCGUCAGUAUAUCGAUUCGACUCCAACUGGUGAACCUACUUAUAUUCAACCAAAGAGGAAGAAAGUGGAACUAGAUUUUAGACAAGAAAUCAAGAUUAGACCAAAAACUUCCACGCCAGUUAUAAAUGAGGCGGAAAUUACAAGAUCAACGUCUCCAAGUGGUUUUCUCGAUAAAAAGAAGCUGAAGUUGAAAGAAGAUCUGAAAAGAGGCUCGCCUUCGGUGGAGCUGUUACCAUUUAGAAAGAAAUUCCCUGUUCAUCAUGUUCCUGCGGUUGUUUUGAAUGAAUUGGAGGAUGCAGAAGCAACAGGAAAUGAACACAGCAAAGCAUUAUUCCAACAACCUACAAAGAGGACGAUUGUGGAUGAUUUGACUAUAAAAUUUGAUAUUCAAAAUGAGAAACCAAAACCAAAGGUGUUGAAGGUGGACUUGCAAUAUGAAGAUGAAAAUGCAAAGAGUGAUGAUGUCUCUGUAGACACUGUUGUUGAUGAAUCAGAGAAGUUUCCAUUAAAAGCAGUACAGCAGGCACUUCAAGUGUGGGUAUUCAUGAAUGUGUAUCACAACGUGUUGAACAUCGACACUUUUACCUUUGAUGACUUUAUCACUUCGUUGAAUUGUAAUUUACACACCCCAAAAUUAAAAUCAACCAUGGUGGAUGAGAUUUACUGCUCGUUACUUUGCAAAAUAAUGUCCAAUGAAAUGCCAAAUGCAAAAGAUGCAAAGGAUGCUGAAUCUAAGGACACGGUAUAUGGAUUGAAUAUCACGAUCCCAGAGGAGCUUGAAGAGGAUAUUGAGGAUGACGAAGAGGAUGAUGAGCAGGAAAUCAAAGUCGAGAAGGAAGCCACUGGGAAGGACGAUGUGGUAGAAGUCAACGGUGAUCAUGGUUCCGACAGCGAGUCUGAGCACAAGCCUCUAAAAGUAGAAGAUGAACACAGUGAUACUGAAGAGGAUGGAAAUGGGACCAUAAAGAAAGAAAAUGGCAAUGAUGAGGAAGCACAGCCAGAGGAAGAACAAGAGGAAGAACAAGAUGAAGAUGAAGAGGUAGAUCAUUCUGCCUACGAUUACCUCAACUAUAGAGGUACUGCGUGGCAUGAUAGAUUGAGAAAACGUAAUUUCAAAGAUGGAAACUGGCAGAUUAUCCUUAUUGGUGUAUUAUCUCUAGUUGAGCAUGUGCCUAAGUACUAUCAAGUCAUACAAGAGAUCUUCAAAGCAUUGGCACCAAAAGAUGGACUGAUUUCAGCUGCUGCCUUGAGAACAAAUUUCUAUGAACGCCUUGAUAUCAACUUGAAACUUCAUGCUUUGUGCAUCUUGACUGAUUUGCUCACCACUAGUUCCUUAGUGAGAAACUAUAUUGAGGACAGUUUGGAGCAACAGACAAAUUUGAGAAGAACGAGGUUGGAAAAUAUAAAGGAAUACAAGACCAAUUUGGAGAUUGCUGUCAGGGCACAACAACAGAUUAUCGAAGCUUUACCACCAGUUCAAGAAACAGCCACUGAAACCCAAGAAGAGCAGAAAGCAGAAACCCCUGCGGCCAAUGCCGCCAAUGGACAAUCCAGUAAACAAUUCCCCCAUGGUUUAGACCUACAGAAAUCUAUUGAAAUGUCUGAAAGAGAACGCGAAUAUGCCUCUACUCGUCCCGAAUUUGCAGAACAAUGUGAACUUCGGAAAACUGCAUUGUUGAAACUCAAUGAAAUUAAAGAAAACAAAAAGACACUCGAGCAAAAGUUGAAUGAGUUUGACUGUCAAAGAAUAAAGCUUCUAGGAAAAGAUCGUUUAUUCAAUCGAUACUGGUGGUUUGAAAAUAAUGGAAUGCCUACUUUGCACAAAGGAUCUGCUAAUGAAGAUGAUGACGAAGAUGAGGAUGAUAGUGAGAAAAAGGAAGUUGAAGAUGAGCAAGAUGAGGAGACUGAUGAUGUUCAUGAUGAGACAUACCUCAUGGGUAGGUUGUGGGUUCAAGGGCCAUGUAACACUGAUAUUGUUGGUAAUUUUAAAAAAGAAGUUGAGGAGAUUAGAUCAUUUGUUGAAUCAAUGACUGAGGGUAAUGCCGUAGAUAAUGGCAUAGGUGGUCAGCCAACCAAGGUGGAGUCUGUUGAUGAGCAACCGAAUGAACAGACAAAAGUAGAUACUGAAACAACUGAAGAAGGAACGCGAAAAAGGAAUCAAAUCAAACAAAUGAAUUUUACUCAGUUAUCUCCCAAAUUCAAAGAAUCUGUUGAGGAAUCGUGCCAAUUAAAAUUCACCGACAAGGAGAUUUACUCCACUGAUGGAAAGCUUCUUGUUGAUCAAGAAGGUUCAUUACAAGUACCUCUCGGUGAAAUAAGUCACAUUCAACGAAAAUUCAUUGAAGAGUAUUAUGAUCCUAUAUUGAACAGCUCAUCAUGGAGAUACUACGAUGAACCUGAAGACAUAAACAAAUUGAUGUCCUGGUUGAAUCCAUGGGGUAAGCGAGAAUCUGCCUUGCGUAAAGAAUUGUCUUUGGUUAAGGAUGCAAUUACGUCCAGUAUGGAAGCUAGGCAAAAGGCUCUUUAUCUAAAUGGUAAUCUAACGCCUCGAGAACAAAGUUUACAAGAUGAUAUUAAACAAUUGCAGAAACGAUUGAAAGCUAUUGAAGAAGGACAUGGAAAGGAAAAUACAAACGAUGGUGAGAAUGAUUCAAUGGAUAUAGACACUGAUGGUUCAAUCCAAAUUGGAUCUAAACGAAGGUCAAGAUCAAGAAGAGCUAGUCCGCCAGUGCGCAAGAAACCUAGACUCAAUACAGUUGAAGAUGUGGUCAAUUAUGGCGAAGCAACUGAUAUCAAGAAUAAAAUCGAGGAAUUACAAGAGGAGAUUAUUGAAAGUAAACAGGAUGUUGAAGUCAAUCGAGUUUGUGAAUGGGUCAAUUCCAAAGCAUUGGAUUUGUUUGGUAAAUCGAUAUUUGAAGGUGGUGAUAGAGCAAAGAAAACGAAACGUAAAUAA